AUGGGCAAACGUCACAACAGAAAACGAACUAGAAGCCGUCCUCGGAACCGCAACAACAACCACGACAAUUCACCUCCGCAGGUCAUCAACCACACUCGAAGCGAGUCGGUCAGCACUACCUCUUCAACUCUCUCCGCAACCAGCUCCUGCUUCCACCCUCAAGGUUCGAUUGCGGGUGCCAAUGCGAACCACUGGCAGCAAACGUACACCGCAUGGCAAACCCGGCUUCGACUACAGCAGGAGCAGGAGCAAGAGUUGGAGACUCAACGACUGCGCAUCUUUGGUGGACUACCGGAGGAUGAGAGGACCUUGAUGGAGCCGAUGCUCAAGGUGGUCACGGAUCUUUUCGAUGGUUUCUACGAUUACGAAGAUCCGUGA